GAGUGUAAACAAAUAAAAGUUUUUCGCGCGUAGUGAAUGUCUAUGCUUGCAAUGUUUUCAAUUUUGUAAAGUUUAUUAGUAAUUAAUUAAUUAAUUGUAUAUAAAAACAGCGUUAUUCAUCAAUAUUCACAGAUUAAUUAGUGUUUUAAAAAAAUGGAUCCAGAUGACGUUUGGAAUAUUGCCGAGGAUUUUCUCGACGAUUUUAUUCCACCUGAUGAAAAUUUACAAUUAUCAUUUGCAUUUAAUGCAACAAAAAAUAAUAAUAUUAAUAAUUCAUUAUCAUCAACAUCAUCACCAUCAUCGAAAGAAGAAGAAAAUUAUUUAAUUUCAUUACGUUCAAUUGAAAAUGAUGAUGAUAAUGAACAACAAUUAAUGAAUAAUGAUAAAAAUAAUUCACGUCUCACAAAAUUAUUGCAAAUUUGUCGUAAAAAAGUGACAAAUUUUCCAAAUGAAAAAUCCACAACAACAACAGAAAUUUCUCCAUUAAAUUUUUCAUCUCACGACUCAUCGGAAAAUCGUGAAUUAAAUUUUUCUAUUUCUAAUUCAUUGGAAAAUUCUCAGGAAUUAAAUUUUUCCCCACGUGAUUUAGCGGAAAAUUGUGAAAAUUUGCGAGAAUUAAAUUUUUCCCCUCGCAAUUCAUUGGAAAAUCGGGAAAAAUCAAAAGAAUUAAAUAUUUCCCCUCACAAUUCAUUGGAAAAUGGCGAUUCGUCAGAAAAUCGAGAAAUUCUUUCAAUUAUUGAGAAUCAAAAAAAAAAUCAUGUAAAUUUUAGUGAUAAUCAAAAAAAUGAAUUUUCCCCUCAAAAAUCCAUUAAUAAUCGUGAAAAUUUAAUAAAAAAUAUUUUAAAUCGUACAAAUAGAGAAAUAAUUUCCAAAUCAUCAAUAUUGAAUGUAAAUAAUGAAAAUAUGGGAAAAAAACAAUCAAAUCGUGAUAAUUUAAUAAAUAGUAUUUUAAAAAGAGAUGAAAAAAAAAUUACAACAAAAAUUAAUGACAAUAAUAAUUUGAAAAAAAUACAAAGACAAGUGAGUUUUAUUGAUGAUGAAAAUGAAAAUAAUGAUAAUGAAAAAUUAAAAAAAAAUAAAAAUUAUAAACAAAUUACAUUACAAAUGGCUAUGGAAAAAAAAUCAAAUAAUUCCCGUUAUUGUAAUGAUUCAAAAAAUAAUUCCAAAUCAAAACAAGUAAUAAGUCGACGUUUUCCAGGACCAGCGGGAUUAUUACCGGAAAAUAUUGAUUUUUCAAAUAUGCCAAUGGCAUAUUUAUCAUCAUUUGAAGAAAAUGAAACAAUUGAAAAAUUAAAUGAAACAAGAAUAUCAAAUUUUUGUUCACAAAAUACAAAAAAUCGUUUUACAAGUGGAGCAUGGCAAAUGAUGAUUGAUGAUUUGCCUGUGAAUUUUUUUUCCAAUCAAGAUUUACAUACAAUUAAACAUAAUGCAAAAAAAGGGGAAUACAAAAUGAAGAGAACAAAAUUUUUUGCCGCACUCAUACAUCAAAUGGAUUCAAAUACAAUUAUUAAUCCAAUGAUAAUAUUAAAAGAUUCAAGCGAUGAAAUUGACGCUAGUAUACAUCGUGAUAUAUUUUUUAAAUAUCCAAAUUCAAUUGAAGUUGGUUCUGUUUUAUUAUUAAAUGAUGUGACAAUUGAGAGGACAAAAUUUUAUAUUAUUGCAUUUAUACAUUGGCGUGAUAUUGUUGCAAUUUAUAAUGAAAAAGAAAGAAUUGUCACGACAAAAUUAAUGGAGAAAAUAAUUGAAUCACAAGAGAAGGGGGGGAAUAAUUUUGAUGAGACGAAUUAUAUUCUUGAUGAUGAUGAUAAUGAUAAAAAUAAUCAGGCGAACGAUGAUGAAAAUGACGAAGAAAAAGAAGAAGAAGAAGAAGAAGAAGAAGAAGCCGAAGAAGAAAGAAAUAAUAAAUUCUUAGAAACUGAUGCGAAUGGUGAUAGGAAAAAAUUAUUAAAAAAUUCCAUACGCGAAACAAUGUUAUCAACGCAAAUUCUUCACAAUGAUGAGGACAAUGAAUUAUUAUCGCAAUUAAAUUUAGAUGAAAUUUCCGCAUUUAAUGAGCCAAGAAAUAUUGCAUGUUCAACAUUAAUUGGUAGUCAAAUUCAAAUUGAUGAGGAUAAAAGUGGAGAGGAAGAUAAAAAAUUAGAAAGAGAAAAUACUAAUUGUGAAAAAGAAUCUAAUGAAAAAUCAAAAUCAUCAUCGUCAUCUAAAUUACAUGAUUAUUUAAAACAAUUUCGUCAUAGGGAAAAUUUCACUCAAUCGAAUAUUACAAAUUAUAAUAAUCAAAGUAAUAGUGAAAAUCAAGAGGCAAUAGAAACAAAUGUGAAUAAUAAUAAAAAUAAUGAUAGUAAUUCAAAAAGAAGAAAAAAUUUUGCUGAUGAUUUAUUAGAUUCUGACGAUGAAACAAUUAAUGAGGAAUUGACGACUUUAAAAAGAAUCACGACAUUAAAUAGUGAAACAAAUGUUGUUGAAAAAAAGAGAAAAAAAAAUUCGCCAAAUACAUCAAAUUUGCAAAAUCGAUUAAAACAAUUUCGCCAUAGCGAUGAAUUGACACAAUCGGAAGAAAUUAUUGUUGACAAUAAUUUGGAGGAGAAAAAUAUUGAAGCAACAAUAAUAAAUCGAGAAAUUUCAAAUUUGGACAAUUUUCUUAAAUCCGAUGAUGAAUUUGAUGCAGAAUUUUUGAAUAUUAACAACGCCAUGGAAAUUGAAAGUGUUAUUAAUGUCGAUAAUAAUAAAAAUAAUGAACUGGAAGAAUCUGAGGAUAAUACACAAAACGUAAGGGAUGAGGUGAGAAAUUUUUUCAAUGAUCCCAAUGACGAUGAAUUUUUGUCACAAAUGAAUAUUGAUGAUUUUUGAAAUAUGUGGAGGACAACAAAAUGGGAAAAAAAAAAAUUCUGCCAAUUUGGAAUUUUUCAAUGUCCACUAAAAAAAAAAAAGGUGCGAAUUUUAUAUUGUAUACAAUUUUUUUUUCAUUUUUCGUUUUUUGAAGUUUAUAUUUUUUUCACAUAUUGAAAAUUCACACACAAAAAGUGGAUUUGAAAUUUUUUUUUAUUAUUUUUGAUGUUAAAAAAGUUUUGAUAAAUAUAAAUAGAAUUAUUUCAUGUUA